AUGAAUAUCGCGCAAUACUCUGUUGAAGCACUAAAUCGAGCGGGAGUUCGUGAAGUGGACUUGUUGGGGAAACCAUCUGGGCGUUCUUUCGAUUAUUAUGUGUUGAACGGGACACUCAAGAGGAAAAGGAGAGUACCUCGCUCUGAAAAGUAUGGAUUACCUCCAAGAAUAUUGCCUCCUCCCACGGGUUGGGUAACUGGAAAGGAAGUUCUGGAAAGUAGUAAAAAGGAAAUCCAGGAAACGAAAGCUCAGUGCGACAUACUGUACGUUGACUUAUCACAAAAGGAUAAUUCAACAGAGGACAAGCAAGAAGUGGAAAUAGACGCUGCCGAAAAAGUUAUUUUCAAAAGACUAAAUAUGAAGUUAACCAAACACUUGAGGCCAUUGUACGUUAAGGCUCUAGUUAACGGUAUACCUGUGGCGAAAGUACUCAUUGAUAAUGGAGUAGCUAUAAACACCUUUCCAUCUAGGAUGAUGAGGACAUUUGCAAAGACGGAAAGUGAUAUGAUUCCAACAGAAGUCAUCCUUACAAGUUUCAAUGGAGGAGCAACUUCAACUAAAGGGGUUAUGCCAUUAGAUAUAACUGUUGGGACAACUACUAGGACCACAGUCUUCUUCUUCGUGAUAGAUGGUCCUACUAGUUACAAUGUGUUAUUAGGAAGGGAUUGGAUACACGGAAGUCGCUGCAUACCUUCAUUGCUCCAUCAAUGCCUGGUUUUCUGGAAUGACAAGGGUGAAGCAGAAGUGGUGCAGGCAGAUCAUAGACCUUUUGUCGUAGAAGCAAACUCCGUGUACUAG